CUGCCUCAUUCGCUGAGCGGGUCCAUGAAUUGUCAGCGCGAUCCCAGCAGCUGCUGAGCCGAGGCGGCCGCCGGGCUUGCCGUGCUUCCCCUGAGGUGCCCACCCAAGCCAAUGUGCCCCGGUCUUUUGGGACGAGGGCAGCCGCCGAUUCGGGGCAACUUGGGAUUCAGGACCCGGAGCAGGGGCGUCGGUUUGCGAUCGGGACUCGGCGAGCAGGAUGGAAAUCCUGUAUGAAUGUGGAAGCCAUUAGCAGAGUAAUUGCUGUCUGUUACCAUGACAACCAGCCGCUGCAGUCACCUGCCCGAAGUCCUGCCAGACUGCACCAGCUCAGCUGCACCCGUGGUGAAGACCGUGGAGGAUUGUGGCAGCCUAGUGAAUGGGCAGCCACAGUAUGUCAUGCAAGUUUCGGCCAAGGACGGGCAGCUGCUGUCAACAGUAGUGCGGACUCUUGCCACCCAGAGCCCGUUCAAUGACCGGCCCAUGUGCAGGAUCUGCCACGAGGGAAGCAGCCAAGAGGAUUUGCUCUCUCCAUGUGAAUGUACGGGGACCUUGGGGACAAUUCAUCGGAGCUGCCUGGAACACUGGCUGUCGUCCUCAAACACCAGCUACUGUGAACUCUGCCACUUCAGGUUUGCAGUCGAGCGCAAACCCCGGCCGUUAGUGGAGUGGCUCAGAAACCCAGGUCCCCAGCAUGAGAAGCGGACUCUGUUUGGAGACAUGGUGUGCUUCUUGUUUAUAACUCCCCUGGCCACGAUCUCGGGCUGGCUCUGCCUGCGGGGCGCCAUGGACCACCUGCACUUUAGCAGUCGGCUCGAAGCCGUUGGACUGAUUGCACUCACUGUCGCACUCUUCACUAUUUACCUCUUUUGGACACUAGUGUCAUUUAGGUACCACUGUCGAUUGUACAAUGAAUGGCGUCGGACCAAUCAGAGGGUGAUUCUCCUUAUUCCAAAGUCAGUCAACAUACCUUCUAACCAGCAGUCCUUGCUGGGCCUCCACUCAGCCAAGAGGAACUCAAAGGAGACAAUUGUCUGAUGUUCGGGUGAUUCGUUGGCUGAUUAGUUGUUUGGGGUUUGGAAAUUUUGGCACUGGGGCCAUGCACUGAGCCACCCCAAACCCUUCCUUAACCCUGAGGGUCUAAGAACAUCCAGAGUAAUGUUAGCACAUUGCCCCGAGCAACGAACUCUGCCAGAAGAAAAGCAAAUGCUGUUUUACUUCAAAUCAUGGAUGCUGCAAUCAUAUGAUAUUUGCUAAGCUGCCAAACAUGUUUAUUUAGCAGAUACUGUAUGGAAUUUUCUGAACACCUCUGAAACAUAUAAGGAAGGCUGUCCUGCUAAGGAUGCAAUUCUUCCUUUUUUUAUUACUAUUUCGAAUAUAUAUAUAUAUAUAUAUAUUAAACUUAGAUGAUAAUCAAAAUUGAAAAGCCAAUGUAAAAAUCAGUUUCUUCAUUUGGAUGGGUUUUGUUUGGGUUAGUUUAUUUGUUUCUCGUUUUUUAUUGUAUAUUCUUUGGGGUAAUUUGAUGGCUCAAGUGGUCUUUCUCAUCUCGUUCAUGUCUCUUAUUCAAAGAGACAGCAUAACAACUGCAGAUGUUUGACUUGAAAUAGGUUCAAGUCAUAUUUGAAGGAUGUUUUCUACUAAACUUCAUUUAAUUAUUCCAUUUUUAAAGAAGAAAGGUGUGGCAAUUCUCCCCAUGGAGAACUGUUUAUUUAAAUACCACUACGGAGAAAAAAAAAAAUUAUGGUGAGAAGCACGCUCCUUUUCAACUUGUUUGGUACUGACAGCUGAUAGAAGCUAUUUUCUAAUAAUAAAUAUAUUGUGUGUGAAAGACAAACCCCACUGAUUGCAAUACUCUUUUUGUAUCAUAAGACCUGUGAAGCUUCCUAAAGUAGCUUUGAAAAAGAAAAGAAAGGAAAAAAAAAAAACACCAAAAAGGUUGGUGUUCUUACUUCCAUUGUAUUUAGUACAUGUUUUAAUUCUGCAUCCGUAAUGAACUGGAGAAUCAUUAGACAUUUCUAGGAACCCUGGACCUGCUUUGCAUAUAAAGUAGCAUUCCCAUUGCUCUAUUGAAUGGCUGGCUUGACAGGUAGAUGUGGCAAAAAAGCCUGUCCUAGCAGCCAUGCGCUUAGUCUAAGACCCCUCUGUUUGAUUUUCCAAAAAAAGAGCCCCACACUGUGCCUCCCCCAACCAUGAGCCAAUUCUGUCAGAGGCUGAAAUAGACUUUCUGAGGCUUCAUGUGCCUCUUUUGUCAAUCGCUUUGUAAAGGGUCAGAUCUGCACCCUGCAUUUGUGUGUCCACUGAAACCAGGGAGGGAUGUGUCUGAAGGAAACCACAUGCUCGGGGUGGCACUCAGGCUGCCAGCCGUCUGCCCACCCAAACGAGCAUGAGCAGAGGGUGGAGCACAGCUUCAGGGUAUGCUUAAAAUAUGGAUUUCUACAAUAUGACCCACAUUCUAAACAUCGCUCCAGCAUCUGCCUUGUGCUCCCCAGUUGGGAGAGCAGAAAGUGCAAAGGAACUGAUAGCCAGGAGGGUAACAGUUUUUGUCUGCAGAUUGAUCAGGCCGAUGCAGGUGUUCUCUUUGUCAGCCGAGCCCUCCAUUCACAGCCUGCUCCCGCGCUGCCUGGGGAGGGGAACAGCUGGACCGCCCUAUGCUGCAAAACUCAGAUGUGCUUUAUGGCUUGUGACAAUAGAUUUCCUCUCCACCACGCUUCACUUCGACACUUCAAUCCCAGUAAUAUACGCCUCAGCCCUUCUGUUUACUCAGCCCUGCUCACCCCUCUGGGCUGUCAUUAGCUGCGCCACCAUCAUCCGUUUCUUAAUUGACCUUUUUAAAAUGCUGGACACCACUGGCUGCAUGCAGCUGUCACACAUUAAAUUUCCAGAGCAGAGAGUCCAACUUGGUGGCUUGUAAGUUGCAGCCCUGUAAUAAACUUGAAAAAUGGCAUCCACCCAGACUUGGUCUCUGAGUUGUCAGAUUAAGCAGUGAUACCUGUCAUCCAGAGAGCACAGACAUUCGGGAGAGGACCAUUCCCUUUCUCCUCCCUCCUUCCUCCAUGAAUCAAAGAUGUGGAGGGUUCCCAGGAUC